GAGCGGCGCAGUCCGGGUGUGUCUGCAGGCCAACAGCACUGCGCCAUCUCCAACUUGCAUGCUCGUAAGCCGGUAGACUCGUGACACAUACCUAGGGACUGGCCUAGCUGCCUUGCACGAGUGGGUAUUGUUGGCCUCAGACGGUCUCAGCCCCAACGUGAAUGGAUGCCUCAAUCAGUGCCUGGAAGUGUACGAAAUGCGCCCUCAAGUCCCGGAAUGAGGCUCCUGGGUCGACGCCGGCCCGCCGGUACUAAUACCUGGGGGCUGCCGUUCCCGUUGCCCCGGAUUGAAGGCAAGACAAGGCAAUAGAUGCACUUUUGCCCUGGACCUGAAUCCUUCAAAGUUCCAUCACCCAACUAUACCUAGGUACUUAGUCUCGCAAUGGCGGUUGCUCGAGAAUCCGCGCACCAGGGUCCAACAGCCGAGACAACGAGCAAGAGCUCAUCCCAACACGCCGGCGUGGAUCCUGGACAGGGCCAGUAUGCACUGAGCACAUCGGUCGAGCUGGUCUGUGAGAAUCACAAGAACACCAAGGCUGUUCUUAGGCUAUCAGGCAACUUUUGUGUCGAGUACAGCCAGGAUGCGGGACUCGUCCAGAGGGAUGCUUUCAAGGCUUGUGAGGCAGCAGGCUGCACUUUGCAAACAACGGAUUACGUGCACAACGGCUCAGUUCCCCAACUCAAUGCCACCGCCCUGCAGGAUGCACUUUUCAAGAGCGCCAUCUGGAAGCUCAGCUCAGAGCUUGAGCAGAACAAGAUACAACAUCACUCUGAUUGCUGUUCGACAUCCGACCCAAGUCAGACCGCAAGUGACGGCACCGUUGCCACUUUCAUUUCGAAUGGCAGUUCUACCGAUGCUAGUUCGGUAGCGAGUUCGAACAGUGCAGACAACCUAGUCGACACGCCCAAAGAUGAUGUGUCAGAGACACGAGACAGUGCUGAGGGCGGGAGCCAAGCCAUCACCUCGAAGCCAAGCCCGCCAACUCCAUCCGGGGACGCAAAGAGCGAGGGCCGAGCCAAAACACCUGCAACGGACUCUCCAGCAGCCGCGGCGCCUAGUGCCCAUGACGCCAAACCGGUGGAGCUCGCCAUCGAGACGGCACAAAAGGCUGCUAAGUCAGCCGAGAAGCCGGGGCUGGAUUUCAGCCGAGUAUCGGAAUCAGCAUCACACCCAAGGGCGAAGGAUGAGGCUUCAGCGAGUGGCGUGGCCAAGAAGCUGAGCAAGGAUGCCAAGGCUCAACGGGCUGCAGAGCUCAAGAAGAAGAGGGAAGAGAGGAAGAAGGAGCAUGAAGCCGAGGUGGAGGACCUAAUGGAGGAGAUUGCCCACCAACGCGAAGUCCUCCGAUCGCGUCGAGACCAGAAGAAGCACAAGCAAAAGCUGCAGGCACUUCAGAAACGACUGGAACGCCUGUGCCAGAAGGAGGUUGACGACGACGAGUACAUGACGAGCGAUGACGAGGAUGCAGAUGUAGAGGCGUCACCGGAGACGGAGUGCCCCCCUUCAAAGACAGACGACAAAGCCGCAGGAGGCGAGGAUGGUGAUUCUGCGAAAAAGGAGCCCGACCCAUCGGCGGCUGACGACGACAAGGAAGGCGAGGCCAAGGACACCAACGCCUGGCCUACCGUCAGCUCCAAGGCGAAGCAAGAGUGGGAGGAGAGAAAGAAGUCGAGGGAGGAAGAGAACGUUCACCUUGACGGGAUCAUGGACUUGAUCGGGCUCGAGUCCGUGAAAUCGAAGAUGCUUGAGAUCAAAACACUUGUCGACACUGCCCGUCGCCAGGAAGUUGAUCUCACCAAGGAGCGAUUCAAUACCGUGUUGGUGGGAAAUUCCGGAACUGGCAAGACAACUUUGGCCAAGCUUUACGCCAAGUUCCUGUCGUCACUUGAGCUGGCCGACGACUUUUUCGUGACGACUUCAGGCUCGAAACUCGUUUUUGACGGAGUGAAUGAGCUGAAGAAUGUCAUCAGCAUGACAGAUGAUAGAGGCGUCAUCCUCAUAGACGAUGCUCACAUCCUUCGUCCUGAUAUCAGUUGCACUGGACGCAAAGUCAUCGAUUACCUUGUGACUGAGAUGGAUAGGCUACAGGGCAGUGUCAUUUUCAUCUUCACUGGCUCUGGGAAGGAAAUGGAAACGUUCAUGGCGCACAACCGGAGCCUUCAGAGCCGAGUGCCGUCAAUGUUUACAAUCAAUUUCGAGGACUACCAGGAUGCAGAACUGCUGCAGAUCCUCGAGAAGCAGCUUCACGACAAGUUCAACGGCAAGAUGAAGGUGGACAAGGGCGUUAAUGGAGUCUACAUGCGCAUUGUAGCACGACGCAUUGGCAGGUGCCGGGGGCCAUCUAGCUUCGGUAAUGCCAGGGAGGUCGAGAACACACUGCUAAGGAUGCUGUUCAGACAGGCGGCUCGACUUGAAGAGGCCCGCAAAGCGGGUGAGGAGGUUGACGACCUUUUCCUCACCAUGGAAGACAUUGUCGGCCCACCUCCAUCUGUCGCACUUGAGAACAGUAAGGCCUGGAAACACCUGCAAGGCAUGGUCGGGCUGAAAUCCGUCAAGGAAUCCCUCAAGGCAAUGGUGCAUCGGCUCCAAAUAAACUACGACCGUGAGCUCGCCGAGAAGCCCGUUGUCGACUGCCCGUUGAACAGGAUCUUCCUCGGAAACCCCGGAACGGGCAAGACCACUGUCGCCAAAUAUUACGGACAGAUCAUGGUCGAUAUUGGACUGUUGACUGACGGCGAAGUUGUUGUGAAAAGCCCAGCAGAUUUCAUCGGAGAGUACCUCGGCGAGUCUGAGAACAUCACCAAGAGGAUCCUCGCAUCGACAAGAGGCAAAGUGCUCAUCAUCGAUGAGGCAUAUUCACUCAGUGACAGCAGUGAUGAGGCGAAUGAGCAUUCAUCCGGAAAUAUCUACAAGACCGCUAUCAUUGACACUCUAGUUGCGAACAUCCAGGGUGCCCCCAACGAGUGCAUCUUGUUGCUCGGCUACCGCGACAGAAUGGAGCGCAUGUUCCAGGCUUCAAACCCCGGUCUGACGCGAAGGUUCCCUAUGUCAUCUGCAUUUGAGUUUGACGACUUCACAGACGAGGAGAUGCGUGAGAUUCUCGAUUUGAAGCUCAAAGAACAGAGCUACACAGCAUCGGACGAUGCUAAGAAUGUCGCGAUGGAGGUUCUCAGCCGGGCAAGAAACCACCGUAACUUCGGCAAUGCUGGGGAGAUUGAUAUCCUCCUAAGCAGAGCUAAAGAGUUGCAGCAAGGGCGGCUCGUCUCUUGCACCGAAGAGUAUGACCCGUUCUUGCUAGUGUCUCAAGACUUCGAUGCCGACUUUGAGAGACCCAGCAAAGCUGAAACCCGCAUCCGAGAUCUUUUCAAGGAUUUUGUGGCCGCCAAUGACCUUGUUGAGAAGCUAGUUGGUUACUCACGCAUGGUCCAAAAUGCCAAGUCUCUUGAGAUGGACCCUCGCUCGCAGAUACCUUUCAACUACCUCUUCAGAGGACCCCCAGGCACUGGCAAGACGACAACAGCUCGAAGAAUCGGGCAGGUGUUCUACGAUAUGGGUCUGUUGGCCACGGACCAAGUUUACGAUUGCUCGACGACAGACCUUAUUGGCGAGUGGCGCGGGCAGACAGGGCCCAAGACCCAGAAAGUCUUCCAGCGAGCUCUCGGCAAGGUCUUGUUCAUUGACGAGGCAUACCGGCUAAAUGAUGACGACCCUUUCGGAAAGGAAGCUCUCAUUGAGAUGCUGAACCUUCUGACCAAGGAGGAAUACAAGAACAAGCUCGUGGUCAUUCUUGCCGGAUACACCGACGACAUAAACAAGCUUCUGCAGGUGAAUGCUGGGCUGGGCAGCCGGUUCCCAGAAGUGAUCCAGUUCGAGAGCCUGAAGCCAAAGGACUGCGUUCACCUGUUCGUCCAGCGCCUCGAGGAGCAAAAACUGGACAUCACCGCGAUGAAGCCCGCACCAGUUAAGGCCAAGCUGCAGAGCUCCUUUGAGCGACUAUCUGCGCUCCCGGAUUGGGGCAAUGCCCGAGACGUCGACACACUGGUGAAGGCAGUCUUUGGCAGGAUAUUAAGGGGCUCCAGCGCAGAGAAGCCCGAGAUGGUGGCCAAAGUUAGCGACGUGUCUGAAGAGUUUGACGACAUGAUCGCGGAGAGAGAGAAACGGAACGGAGGCUCAUGCCCCGUGACGCAUCUCUACCUGUAGAUUGAGAAUGUAGGAGAGAAUAUUGCUUAGAGGAGUUUGGGAGUACUAAUAGGGAGUUUUUGGUACAUUAUGAUUGACGCUUCCCAGUAGAUAUUAAUGGGAAAUAGUUUGGAAAGAUCGGCAUGGGUUAUAAAGACUAUUAACAAGAUUGUUGAGUGUAUGCAAAAAUAAAGCCCUCUGAUGUGUCGGCUACUUAAGUGCGCAGCCGCAUUUGAACACCACAGACUACCUAGGUACCUAGCAAAUAAUCCUCUAAUAAAGUCCUGAGUUUUCAACUAA